UUCCUUUUGUGUUGUCCGCCUUUCUGUUUUGAUUCCCAUCUUUAUUUCGAUUUUCUCUCUGUGCUGUCUUUCUUUUCAGUGCUGCCAAGUAUCCUUUGUUCGUUACUGCACUCUCCCGGUGGCGUCGGUGGCGACGGUUUGGAGAUUGUGCGUGAUUUAAAAAAACUUUGAAAAAACAAAUCCGACAGCCAACAUAUCAAGGAAAACAAUAAACAAUUGAAACAGGCAAGGGUGGCUUAAAAUAAAUGACAACAUAAACCAUUUGCAAAACCAAGCGUGAAACACCCAUAAACAUUGCAAAAUUAAUCGGUCAGGUCUUCACCAAACCCCAGGAAAAGAAUACUAACCCAAUUAAUGUCCGCCGCUGUAGCAGAUGCUACAUUUUGUGUUUCUAGAUUUAAGGAGGCAAAGUAAAUCGCAGUAACCAUCUAAAUAAAAUUUGGUUUAACGAACACCCAAAAUGGCUACCAAAAGACCUCUCUCGGUUACGGAAACUGUAGAAAUUGGCUCUCAGCCGCCACACAAAAAGAUACGCAUACAAACAACAAAAAAUGCCACAAGUGGAAAGCUGCAACAGGCAUUAAAUAUACUGGAGACGAUAUCACCGCAGAACAGUAAAGAGUUAUUGGAUGUUCUUGUCAAGAUUGCAGACGAAUUGGUUUUGACCGAUUGCCAGUUGCCCGAGAUACACGAAGCCGUGCAUAAACUUAUCGAACUGUUUCGCCAGGAACGUGAUGGUGACACAACGAUACGGGUUAUGAUCUUGGGCCUAUUGGCCGAUUUAUCGGAGGUACGCAUUUCGGAAGUGGUAAAUACAUUGAUAGACGAAAUCAUUGGUGUGCUGAAAUAUGAAAAGUCCCAGAAGGUUAUUGCUCAGGGCUUGAGCAGUUUGCAUAAGAUUGGUUUGAACAAUUUGAAAAUCCUACCCACAAUGCAUUUGACCAAGAUCGCACAUUUUGCCCAACAACAGCUGUCAUCGGAGUCACAUCACACGCAAAAGAAUGCUCUGAUGGUGUUGGCUUCAUUUGUGGCAUUGAGUGAUGCUAAAAAGGGGGUCAUUGAUACCAUUGGUCACUAUGCGGAUUCCCAGGAUUCGGGUGUAAGGGCCCAAAGUCUGAGAUCAAUUUUAUGUUUGGGGGAACGGGGAGCGGUGCUGUCACCAUCACUUUAUCAAAGGGCCGUUGAUGCCAUGCAAGAUGAUUAUGAGUGUGUCCGGCAACAAGCCUUGCAGUUAGUGUUACAAUUGGGCAUAACCCAUCCCGAGCACAUGAUAGUGUGUGGUACAGCGGAAGACGAUGAAGAAAUGCGUCUCAUUGAUGCUGCCUUUAGUAAAGUGUGUGGAGCACUGUGUGAUUUGUCCAUACAAAUACGGGUACAGGCUGCCCAGCAUUUGGGUGAAAUGACCAUGGUUGGUUCGGAGUUUUUACAUCAAACUUUGGACAAAAAGUUAAUGAGUAACUUGAGGCGCAAGAAAACCGCCCAUGAAAGGGGAGCCCAAUUGGUGGCAUCGGGGGAAUGGUCGUCGGGUAAGCGGUGGGCUGAUGAUGCCCCUCAGGAACAUUUGGAUGCAAAAACCAUAUCUUUGAUAGCUAGUGGAGCAUGUGGUGCCUUGGUCCAUGGUCUGGAGGAUGAAUUUAUGGAGGUGCGUAUUGCCACAGUGGAUUCCAUGUGUAAGCUGGCCUUGAAACAUCCUGACUUUGCUGUAACAUGUUUGGAUUUUUUGGUUGACAUGUUCAAUGAUGAAAUCGAAGAGGUACGCCUCAAGGCCAUUUAUAGUUUGACAGCCAUAGCCCGUCAUAUUGUGUUGCGGGAAGAUCAACUGGAAAUCAUGUUGUCCUCCUUGGAAGAUUUCUCCGUAGAGGUGAGAGAAGGUUUACAUCUCAUGUUGGGUGCCUGUCGUGUCUCCACACAGGCUUGUCUGCUGAUGGUGGUGCAGAAGCUGUUGGAUGUUUUGGCUAAAUAUCCCCAGGACAAAUUGUCGGCCUUUGGAUGUAUGCGUAAAGUGGGUCAGAAACAUCCACAUUUGUGUAUGGCUGUAACCUCACAUCUGCUACAGGAUCAUCCAUUUUUCGAUAGCGCAGAGCGGGAUGUUGAAGACCCUUCGUAUUUGUGUAUUUUGAUAUUGCUGUUUAAUGCUGCUGCCAGUUUGGUGCCCAUAAUUAGUCUGUUUCCCGAUGUAACCUUAAAACAUUAUGCCUAUCUAAGGGAUGCAAUGCCGAGUCUGGUACCACCUCUACCCAUUGAAGGAGCUUCAACCAAGAAACCAAUUGAUGAUUUGGGUAGCACCAACAACUCCAGGGAAUAUUUGGAAACUGUGCUGGCCCAUAUCAAUGAUAUUUUUACCAUACCCACCCAGGAGCGUAGGGUGCCGCUGCUGAAAACAGCUCAGGAUAAUUUAAAGCGCCUGGGUGAAAUUGAUCCAGAAAUGUUAGGAACCGCCAACUUUUUGGAAACAUUUUUGGCCGCCCAAAUCCAAAUUGAACAGCUGCAGUCGUGUACCACCUCACAACACAGUCGGGCGCCACUGAAGGAGUCUCUGGCCCAAUUGGUGCGCAAUUGCCUCAAGUUACAACAUAUCUUCUCCGGCCUCACUUAUGGUGAUAUGUUAUUGGUCAAACAGAUAUGUUUGAGAGCCUCAGCCCUCCAUCUGGUUCUUGUGGUUCGAGAUCGUUCCCAAAGUGCCUUGGGCCCGUGUCAAAUGUUGCUACAAACCGCCUCCGACAUUAGCAACUUCCUAGAUGAAAAACAAGAAUUUCAACCGGAUGCCCUGACAACAGAUUUACUAAAUCAGUUGGCCAGUAUUGUUGAUCCCAAACCGGGUAAAGUAUUUCGGGAAAUCUUACCCUUGGUUCAGAAGCCAUCCAUUGUGCAAAUGCCACCGCCAAAUGUCAGUAUAAAAAUGUGUGAAGCGAAUAUUUUGGAACCAUGUCCACAAAUGUCACAGGAUAAUGUUAUCAAGGUGACAGCAGGGCUCAUAGCCGCCCUACCAUUUGUGGCGGAAAUCGAUAACCUUCAGGAGUCGCAAAAGAAUGAUAUGCGUAUCAAAAUUAAAUAUCCCGAUCAACAUCUUCAUACUGUGGUCCCCAAACUGUCGGACUUUAAGAAGAUCAUGACCGAACAGGGUGCACAUGAGACAAAUGUAAAGUUGAGGACAACAAUUUUGCUAUCACAUUCUGUCUGGACCGAGGCAUCGUCCGUUGAGAUAAUGUUGUGUUUGUCUGUCCGGCCUGGUACAGAUCUAGAGUUAUGUAAACCGGCAAAGAUUUUAUUCGCACCGAAACCUGUAAGACGCGGUAUUUAAAUAGUUUAAGUUUUGAAAGUAUAAUGACGUACAUAUGAUUUGGGUGGGUGUGAAAAUUGAUUUGUAAACGAAAUCAAAAGAAAGCAACAAAUAAAAAACGUAGUAAUAAAAUAAGAAUUGAGUAAUUUUUCACAAAA